AUGGAUACGAAGUGUAUGGUAUCCGUGAAUCACACAAUGGAUUUUACGCUAUUCAAGUUGGAAAAAAUUGGAGAACAGCAUUACAGAAGUGUUGAGGAAAAAGUGGUGUUACCGAGUUGGUCAAGUAAUGGUAUAGCAAUUGCACAGGCCAUGACUGUUGCGGCUUUUCACAAGCCACAACAGAUGAGUAUUAGCAGCUCUCAUAUAUAUUUCAUGAAAUGUGGUAGUAGCACGUCGUCUCUGAACUUUCAAGUAAAAAUUCUGCAAGAGAAUGAAGACACCUGCAUCACAGAGGUCGAUGCUAUACAAGGCUCCGACUUGACGAUGAAAGCUCAAUUCUGUUUCUAUAAGGAAAGCUGUGAGGCUAUAGCCUCACAGUGUCACAUGCCAGUCACCGCCGCUCCUCAGUACUGCCUGUCACUUUCUGAUGCUCUAAACAAUCUGAUGCAAGAAUGGGAAGAAAACACGGGCAGUAUAUCUGAAGCUAUGCAAAGUUAUACUGAAAGUAUUAAAGGAAAUCCUAUCAACCGAAUAUUCGAUAUUCGAGUCGUUGACGGAGAAUCGUUCACUGCUGCAGCAAUGAAAGGUUUUUUCACAAAACUCUGGGCCAAAGCAAAUGUUGACGACGUAAAAACAGUGGAGAAAAAUACAGUUUUUGCCACUCAUUUUGUAGAAGCAACAUUGGUCCCCUCGAUGCUGCGAUACCACAUGAGUCGUGGCUUCUCCCCCGCUCAGAUCAUCCCAGUUGACUUCUGCUGUUGGUUUCACAACCAUGAUUUCACGGUCAACGACUGGUUGCUGUGCGAAAAUCACUUUUCCAUUGCCAAAAAUGGUCGGGCAUUUAUUGAGCACCAUUUGUGGACAAUUAAGGGCGAUUUAGUGGUUACAGCAAGUUCGGAAGCAAUUGUUAAGGGGAAAUUUGUAAUACCGAAGAAUGCCAGAACAGAAAUUCACGAUUAG